AAUAAGAAAUUAGAAAAUGACAAAAAAUUUUUUAAAGAUACUGAUGACAUUAUUGAAGAUAACCUCAAGAACAAAGGUGUAAAAAUGUUUAAAGGUCUAAAAAUUAUCAAAAAAAAUUCUUACAAUAAAAAUAUAAAUGAUUCUGAGAUAGAUGUUAGUAAAUUUAGUGAUGAUGAUGUAAAUGAUAGUAUAGGAUUAGAAGCAUUACUUAAAGAUGAUAUUACUGAUGAUGAUGAAGAUUUCAAUGAAAAUGAGUUAAGUGAUGACGAUGAAGAUAUUUCUGAUGAAGAUGAUGCAAUAAACUAUAAUGAUUUGAAGUUCGGCAUAAAUGAUAAUGAAAUUGAUAGUGUUUAUGACAAAAAUGAUGAAUUAACAACUUCAUUAAAUAAAAGUUUGAUUGCUGAUAAUGGUGAUGAUAAUAUUAGUAAUGAGAGAAAUGAUGGAACAAAAUAUCAAAUAAUUGAAGAGGAAAAAUUAUGUAAAAAACCACUCGUAAAUAUUCAAGAAAUAAAUUCAAAUUUGCUUUCAAAAAAACAAGCUAAACUUGAUGCUAGAACAGUUUUUGUUGGCAAUAUACCAAUUGAUACAUCUAUAAAAACUAUUGAACAGUUAUUUAAACCGUUUGGUGAAAUAGAAAAUCUCCGUAUUAGAGGAGUUGUACCAAAUGAUGUUAGGACAUCUUUUAAAAUAGCUACUAUUACAAAAAAAAAAUGUCCUAAAUUAAAAUCAAUGUAUAUUUUCAUUGUAUUUAAAGAAGAAGCUUCUGCAAAACUUGCAUUAAAAUUAAAUGGUCACAAAUUGGGAAAUAAUACACUUAGAGUUGACUUUUCAAAUUCAAAAAAUAAAUAUAGAGAUGAAAAAAAAUCAGUUUUUAUUGGAAAUUUACCAUUUGAUAUCACCGAAGAUGAAGUAAGGGCUCAUUUUACUUCAUGUGGGAAUAUUGAAUCUGUUCGUAUAGUUCGAGAUCGCAAGUCAGGUAUAAGCAGAGGUAUAGGAUAUGUUAAUUUUAUUGAAGAAGAUUCUGUUAGUUUAGCUCUGGAACUACAUGAUACAUUAUUGAAGAAUUGUAAAUUAAGAGUAAAAACAUACUGUUUUAAGUCUAAAGAAAUAAAAAGAAAACAUAAAAACAUUUAA